UGGUGUUAUAGCACUGUUCCAAGAAUUACGUUUGCCUGGCAGAAUAAAAUGUCAAGUUGGGCUCAGGAAGCAGACCAGCAAGAGAAACUACUGUCGAGCCUCACUCGCAAGGUGUCCGGAGUUAGCAUCGAUGGGUCCGGAGACGCUGGUCCGAGCGAGUACCGCGGAAAGUCCAACAACGCUGGUAGCAAACCAGCGCCUUCAGAACACGAUGAGCCCAUGGUCACCCCGGCGGAGAUUUCACUGAUGCAGAAAAUACUCCGGAUACAUCUUGUGCCCACAUCACACAACGUGGAGGUCCGGUGCAAAGACUCUAAUUCGCCAUUGCACUCAAUCAAGACGUUUGAAGAGUUGCACCUGCCCCGUCAACUGCUGAUAGGCGUGUACAAUUGUGGCUUUAACCAACCAUCAAAAAUACAAGAAGCGGCUCUGCCUGUUCUGUUGGCUGACCCUCCACAGAACAUGAUUGCUCAGUCACAGAGCGGCACGGGAAAGACAGCCGCCUUUAUUCUGGCCAGCUUAAGUCGAGUGGACGUGGAGCAGCGGUACCCGCAGGUGCUGAUCCUGUCACCCACGUACGAGCUGGCCGUUCAGACUGGCAAGAUGGCUGAGAGGAUGGCACGGUACACCCGUAUCACCUUCUGUUGUGCCGUGCGCGGAAAAAAUUUCUCGCCAGGAGCAAAGAUCCAAGAACAAGUAAUCCUAGGCACACCAGGAAAGAUCAUCGACUGGGUCUUUAAGUUCAAGUUCUUCGACCUGUCACGCAUAAAAGUCUUUGUACUGGAUGAAGCAGACAUCAUGAUUUCCAUGCACGGGCAUCAUGACCAGUCCAUACGCAUCCACAAGCGGCUUUCUACCAAGUGCCAGAAUAUGCUGUUUUCAGCCACGUACGACAAGGAUGUGAUGCAGUUCGCAGAGAUGAUCAUCCAGAACCCCGUGGUGAUCCAGUUGCGCAAGGAGGAAGAAAGCCUGGAGAACAUCAAGCAGUACUACGUGGUGUGUUCAAACAAGGAAGAGAAGUUCUCGGCUAUUUCAAACAUCUACGGUGUGCUGGCUAUUGGGCAGACCAUUAUCUUCUGCCACACACGUCAGGCAGCUGCAUGGCUGACCACACAAAUGACCCAGGAGGGUCAUGCUGUGGCCCUGCUCUCUGGUGAGCUCAGCAUUGAAAAGCGUAUUGCUGAACUCAAAGACUUCCGCAAUGCUGUCAAGCGUGUCCUCAUCGCCACCAAUGUCUGUGCCAGGGGCAUCAACGUGGAGCAGGUGACCGUGGUCGUCAAUUAUGACCUUCCUGUUGACAUGAAGGGCCGGGCCGAUUGCGAAACGUACCUGCAUCGCAUUGGGCGCGCAGGCCGUUUUGGCAAGUCUGCCAUUGCUGUCAGCAUGGUGGAGGGCAACCACAACUUGGCAGUCCUGAAACAGAUUGAAGAGCAUUUUGGGCGGCCCAUUCAGAAUCUGAAUGCAGAAGACAUGGAAGAGUUGCAGAAGAUACAGCAGUGAGCAAGAAACCUACUUAAGAA